AACAUCUCAGCUUGCCUCAAAGAGUCUCGUCCCCCUUUUCAUAAUCUUUAUUUAUUGGUCGUCUCUGUCUCUGAUCUGUCAUAUAGGCAGGCACCAUGUUUGGUAUUCAAGAUUGUUCAUUCAAAAUCUUACAGAUUUCUUCUCUUCUUAUUCUUCUCCUCUACCCUGCAACAGUCUCUAGCGAGUGUACAUGUGAAGUGGAGGAUCUAGCACAAAAUAAAGGAGAGGCACUGAAAUAUAAACUUGGUGCGAUUGCUGCUAUUCUUGUUGCUGGUGCUGUUGGAGUAAGCCUCCCAUUGCUAGGGAGGAGAAUUCCUGCAUUGAGCCCGGAAAAUGACAUUUUCUUUAUGAUCAAGGCCUUUGCUGCUGGUGUUAUCCUAGCAACAGGGUUCGUUCAUAUCCUACCGGAUGCAUUCGAAAACAUAACUUCACCUUGCCUUAAAGAAAGUCCGUGGGGAAAUUUUCCAUUUUCAGGUUUUGUCGCCAUGAUGUCUGCCAUAGGGACGCUAAUGAUCGACACAUUCGCGACAGGGUAUUAUAAGAGGCAGCAUUUCAAUAAGAAUAAGCAGGUAAAUGCAGAUGAAGAGAAGGCUGCUGAACAUGCAGGUCAUGUACAUGUUCAUACACAUGCCACUCAUGGCCAUGCUCAUGGGUCUGCUUCCCCAUCUGAAGAGUUUGGCUUCUCAGAGCUCAUCCGUCAACGUAUCAUAUCCCAAGUAUUGGAGGUAGGAAUCGUGGUUCAUUCAGUGAUUAUUGGUAUAUCAUUGGGUGCAUCUGAGAGCCCUGAUGCAAUAAGGCCACUACUAGCAGCCUUGUCUUUCCAUCAGCUUUUUGAAGGAAUGGGACUUGGAGGCUGCAUAUCUCAGGCACAAUUCAAGUCUCUGUCCGUGGCAAUCAUGGGAACGUUUUUCUCCCUAACAACGCCAUUGGGAAUUGCAGUAGGUAUUGGGAUUUCAUGUUUCUACAACGACAACAGCCCAACUGCUCUAAUUGUUGAAGGGGUUUUCAAUUCAGCUUCUGCUGGGAUUUUGAUUUACAUGUCACUUGUUGACCUGCUGGCUGCGGAUUUCAUGAACCCAAGGCUGCAAAGCAACGUUAGGCUUCAAGUAGGAGCAAAUGUCUCACUUCUCCUAGGGGCUGCUUGCAUGUCUGUGUUGGCCAAAUGGGCUUGAAUUUUGGGUGUUAUUCACCUCUCAAGGAAUGCAUGCCCUCCUUUUGUGCCAUUCAGAUUUAGUACAUGCAUGCCUAAUGGUUUUUAUGUGCUUUUUCUGCAUUGGUCUACAAUACUUACACCAGUGGUGGAUUAUUAAAUUCUGCCCACUUUUUUGAAUGUAGAUUAAAAAUCAAGGAAUUCAUAUGCCAUAAGAAUUAAU